GGGAUGGGGAGGGGGUUGCUGUUGGAAGUUCUGGUCACUGGCUGCAGACAGUUCUGCUGAAGAGCCCCUAGCCUCCAUUCUCCUCAACCUCUAUGAUGUCACAUUGGAGCUUCUUUCCUUCCACCCUGGGCUGUGGCUUCCGAGGCUGCUGUGGCCAUGGGGCUCCUGGAGCCAGCUGGGGCGAGGGAGCCUGGUGACUCUGAUCUCCCCUGGGGGUGCAGGAGGUCCAGCCAUGCCAGUCUUGAAGGAUGCCAUGCCCCUCAUGAAGGAGCCCCAUCCCCUGCCUCAGGCCCCGCUUCCCUGGAUCCUCCCAAGCCUGUUUGCUGCCUUCAAUGUGGUGCUGCUGGUAGUUUUCAGUGGCCUUUUCUUUGCGUUCCCUUGCAGGUGGCUGGCCCAGAAUGGGGAGUGGGCUUUUCCUCUUGUCACAGGCCUCCUCUGUGUCCUCACCUUCUUCAGUCUCGUUUCACUCAAUUUCUCAGACCCGGGCAUCUUGCAUCAAGGCUCCAAUGAACAGGGCCCCAUGAUGGUGCAUGUGGUGUGGGUGAACCAGAGGGCCUUCCGUCUGCAAUGGUGCCAAAAGUGCUGCUUCCACCGCCCGCCCCGGACCUACCACUGUCCCUGGUGCAACAUCUGUGUGGAAGACUUUGACCACCACUGCAAAUGGGUUAAUAACUGCAUCGGUCACCGCAACUUCCGCUUCUUCAUGCUGCUCGUCCUGUCCUUGUGCCUCUACUCGGGUGCCCUGCUGGUGACCUGCCUGAUCUUCCUGGUGCGCACAACCCACCUGCCCUUCUCCAUGGACAAGGCCAUGGCCAUCCUGGUGACCGUACCCGCCGCCGGCUUCCUGGUGCCACUCUUCCUGCUGCUGCUGAUCCAGGCCAUGUCGGUGAGCGCGGCCCAGCGCUCCUGCGAGGGUAAGUGCCGAUACCUGCAGGGAUACAACCCCUUCGACCACGGCUGUGCCAGCAACUGGUAUUUAACAAUUUGUGCACCGCUGGGACCCAAGUACAUGGCUGAAGCUGUCUGGCUGCAGAGAGUGGCGGGGUCUGACUGGGUGCCCAUGCAGAACCUGCACUUCCCAGUGUGCCCCUCGGUGCUCAGUCCCCCAGCCCUCCCAGAGCCUGGCUCUGGCCCCCAGCCCCAAUCUCUGAGUCUCCACAAACCAGGGAAGGUUCCCUCAGGGAGAGGCUCUAGCCCUCCAGGAGGUUCAGAACUGCUACAUUAGGAGGUGAUGAUGGGCACUAACCACGCUGCUUCCUGCCACCCUCGUUGCCAGGCGAGCUCAGGAUGUGGUGAAGGUGAGAGGAAGGCAUGUCAGCAGAGGACCAGGUGAACACCUCAGGGUCCCAUGGAGGUUUGUGUGCCUGUAUGUGUAUUGUGGGGGUGGCAGGAGUUCAUCCUUUGGGGGUGCCAGCCCAGCCUGGAGAGGUGGGUGACCCACAAUGCAGGACGUAACUUCAGUUCUCUAUAUGCUGAGUGCCUCUCGCUGCUGCCCUUCCUUCUUCCUCCUCCCUGGAAUGUCCAUGGCGGCUUUGGGCCCUGUCCACCCCCAGCUUUACCCCUGGCUCUGGCUCUGGCUCUGGCUCUCUGGGCCCCUGAACAGUCUUGCUCAACCCCAAGGACUACAGCUCUUUCUUGCCCCCUUUGCCCUGGUCUCAUGGACUCCCCAUGCCAAGCGCUCUCAGUGUUCAAGCCUUUUCUCAGCUCUCACCCCUGCUUAACUCAGAGUUAACCUUGGGUUCUGGGAGGGUUGCAGGGUACUCACUGGCAUACAGAAAGGCAGCCUAGUUUUGGCCUUGUUGUAAAUGGCUUCGGUGGCCACAUUUAAAAGUCUUAGGGCCAGCAUUUACAAAUAAAGGUGAAGCAGUCGUAUCUGUCUGGGAAGCCUGCAGUCCAGGGGUGCCUGGGGAGGGGAAGAGGGCAUGAGGCCUUUUGAGCCCCCAACCCCAGGGGUGUAUGUAGUGUAUGUGUUCAUCACCUGUCUGGGUGGUUUCAGAGGGCACAGCUCAGCCCUGGCUGCCCAGCAGUGAGGAGAGUUGCAGGCCUGCUCCCAGAUGGGAGUCCUCUGAGCCUGGGCCAGAGAAGAAGAGAGCCCAGGAAUCCUGAGCCAAGGCCUGGAUAUUCAGGGAACUGGCUGAGUACCCAGGUGGUGCCUGCCUGGAGCCCCAGCUCUGCCGGGGCCUAAGAAAGCCAGGCCCCAGGGUCUGGAAGGCCUAGUCCUGCUCUGCUGCAUGGCCUGUUUCUCUGCUGCCCUGCCUGGUUCAGAGCCUGGCGACUGGUCAUUAGGACUGAACCUCCUGGGUCACUGCCCCCAGCUGUACAGGGGACUCACCCCCUCUCCAACAGGGCUUUCCAAGUCUUUAUAAAAAAUUUGUUAAUGUUUAUUUUUGAGAGAGACAGAGCAUGAGUUGGGGAGGGACAGAGAGAGAGAGGGACACAGAAUCUGAAGCAGGCUUCAGGCUCUGAGCUGUCAGCCCAGAGCCAGAUGCGGGGCCCGAAUUCAUAGGCUGUAAGAUCAUGACCUGGGCUGAAGUUGGAUGCUUAACCAACUGAGCCACCCAGGCGCCCCAGGGCCUUCCAAGUCUUAAGCUAGGUGUGAGUCAUCUCCCCAAAAGCCUGGGCCUCGGUUUCCCCAUUAGGCAAGGGCAUAACUUUUCUUAGGUUCUCAAAGGCAGCCAUGACUCCUCUGCUCCGGGGCAUAGAUUUUGGGUCUCUCUUGUCCAUCCCAAACUGAGGUUUUUAGGAUUUCUUUAGAAAGCCCUUUAGAUCAGGUUCUUCUGCUCCUCAAAGGGUAAGUGGACCUAGAUUGCCCCUUCCUGUGACUCCGCCCACAACCAUCCCCUAACCCUUAGACCCACCCUCAGAGAUUCUUUCCUUCCAGACUAAAAGCUUCAGCUGAGCUGCACUCACCUUGCCUCUGUGCUCCCUCCCCACUUCUGCUGAACCUGCCCUUGAUUCUCAGAUACACCCCUUGGAGCCCUUGGCCCACUGAUAAGAGCAGGGGUAUUAUCCGAGUCCAGUUAUGGGGACAGCUCUCCCCACACCCAGAAAGCCCUGCCAUCCUUGCCUUCCCUGGACAGAAGCCAAGGAGUGACCUCUCACUCCGUAGGGCUGCCAGGUAUCCACGGGCCUGGAGCUCUUCUGAGGUCCCCAACCGUACCUGGAACCUCAUGGAGGGGUUUGGACCUGGGAUAGGGAGCCGCCCAGAAGUAGCUGUGCUUUUGUCAUUUCUAGACUUUUCCUCCAUGGGCCUGCUAGAAGGUCAGGGCAUGUGGUGUGGGAAGAGCACUGGCUUGGGUGUCCUUCAGCUCUGCCACUGACUAGAAUGCUAUGGGAAUGAGUCUCUUCCCUCUGCUCGGCCUCAGGUGCCUUGUCUGUAAAUAGGACAAUCAGCAUGGCUACCUCACAGGUGGUCACAGGAUCCCAACUCUUUCAAGCUGCGAGGGACUCAGGGGUCAUCUUCUCCAGCUGCCCCUCCACCCCCAGUUUCACAGAUGGAGAUUAGAGAGGGAAGGGAUUGCCUAAGAUGACACGGUAUCCAAGCCAGGUGGAGUUCUGUUUGCCAGGCUGCUUCUUCCAUUCUUGCUCCGGGGACCAUUCUAGAGGAGCAAGGACUUGGGCAGCCACUACAGGGCCCUGCCUUCCAGCCCCCAAGCUUCAGAGCCAGGCAGUGCCUUUCAGCAUAGUGCUUGGGGAGCCGAUAAGAAGGCCUGGCUUAACUCUGUCUCCAGCCCUGAGCUGGGAGUGAUAAUGAUGCCCAGCCCUGCCCUGCCCUGCCUGCCCCACCCAGGAGGGCACUGCCGGUGGCUUAGGGUGGGGUAGGGACUGAUGGGGCAGAGGAGUUUUGCCGCAGUGAGGGAUCAGGGCCCAGAAUCCUACUGUGUCGCAGAGCCCAGGCCCCUGGUCGAAUGACACUCCUGGGCCCCUGGCCCAGUGCCUCGUACCCAGGUGAUGCUCCCCCAGUGCCCACAUCCUACUCUUUAGUUCCUGUGUGCGGAGUGUGCAGGGCUGAAGGUUUGGCAGGCCCUGUAAUGGGUGACGAAACCUUCACUGAGCACCGCUGGGGCCUGCCCAGGGACAGGGAUUCGUAUGCGCUUUUUUAAUCCUCACAACCCUCUGAAGUUGUCAUGUUUUAGAGAUAAGGGAAUCAGCACUAAGCAAACAGGCCUCUUCCCCAGGGUCACACUUCUAAGAGGCACAGCCACAUCCCUUUUAGCCUUCACCAUUGCACUGUACUUCUAUAGGCAGUUAUAUAUAUAUUUUUAAUUUUUUUAAUGUUUACUUAUUUUUGAGAGAGAGAGAGACAGAGUGCAAGUUGGGGAGGGGCAGAGAGAGAGGGAGACACGGAAUCCAAAGCAGGCUCCAGGCUCUGAGCUGUCAGCACAGAGCCCGAUGCGGGGCUCGAACUCGUGGACUUCGAUCGAGAACAUGACCUGAGCUGAAGUCGGACGCUCGACCGAUUGAGCCACCCAGGUGCUCCAGCAGUUAUAUUUUAUUUCAGUUUGUUACAGUAGUCCCCCUUAUCCACGGGGGUAUGCUCCAAGACCCCCAGUGGAUGCCUAAGACCGGGGUACUCCUGAGCCCUAUAUAUCCGAUAAUAAAGUUUCAUUUAUACAAUAGGCACAAUAAGAUUCACAACAACAACUAAAAGUAAGCUGGAACAAUGAUAACAAAACACCAUCAUAAAAAUUAUGUGAAUGUGGUCUUUCUCUCAAAAGCUCUUGCUGGACUGUACUCACCCUUGUGGUGGUGAUGUGAGAUGACUAGAUGCCUACCAGAUGAGCUGUAGUGAGGACAACGGCAUCAGCACUGUGGCACAGUGUUAGGCUAGUGUGGGCCUUUUGACGACAUCUCAGAAGGAAGCUUGUCUGAUUCGAGACCGCAGAUGACCCUGUGUGAGUAACUGAAACCGUGGAUAAGGGCAGACUGCUGUUGUGGUUGAGACCUGGGCUCGGCAGCCAGACUGCCGGCUUCCCCUGUUGUGAAAGGAGAUACACCAUUGCCCCUCGUAGCGCUGUUCCGAGGGUACAUCAUGCAGGGCGUGCAAAGAGCUGGGCUCAGCACUGGCACCCUGGAGGUGCUUGAUUGAUGGCGGUGAUCAUGGCCUCCGUGUGAUAGAGGCGUUGCCCGGAGUCGGGACUUGGUGAUCUCCUGUGGCCUCAGGAUGCUGGUCACCAUGGCAACAGCAGCCUGCCUCUGCCUGGUUUGCUGUGGGUUCCCUAAUGGCCAGGCUGCAGAGGUGAAGGGUGCUGCUUCAGAGGGGAGAUUUUGUGGUCAUGUUUUAGAGAAAAGCAACCAAUGUCAGUGUCUCUGGGCUGAAGGAGAAUGGAGGGGUGGCCUGAGAGUCUUCAAGGGAACAGCAGGAUGACCACCCAAAGGCUCUGCCCUCCCGCAUGGUGACAGAGUUUCCUGUUAAGAAAACACAUUGUUGCUUCUAUUUUGGGGCUGGAUAGUGUCCUAGGCUGAAGGAGGUCAAAGCCGUGGUCAUCUGAACCCUGUGUUUGAGCUGUGCUCGGAGCUCCUGCCUGCUCUCCCCUCUCCCUGUGGCCAGUCCUUCCCUCACCUCAGUCUUUGCUCCCCACUUCUCACCUCCCCCACCCAGCCUCGCUUCACCACCAUUCCCAACCCCCAGCUGUUCCUGGACUACAGCUUCCAGGAACUCAAAGUUAACUGUCUGGCAACUUUCAAGUAAUACCUUUUAACUGUGAUUCUUGGAAGGCCCUGGGCUUGGGUGUGGAAACCCACAGAGCUCUGGGCCGGGCCAGAGGCAGGGCCUGCACAGGGCGCCUUUGUCUGUCUCCAACGGGGCUUCCUCCUCCCAGCCAGGCACACGCUUUCACAGCUUUCUGGUCAGGGCAGUUUUGCUGCUGAAAUUGGAGAUUCCCAAACUGGAAGGGUCCCUCCUGAAUAUCUAGUUUACUUCUCAGUGAGAAGAAAACCAAGGCACUAGUGGGGGAGGUUCAGCAGGGCCUUCCCCAGGUCACACACCUAAGUAGAGGCCAGACGAGACUGGGUUCCAGAACUGCUUCUGAGUCUUUCCAUCACGCCACCGUGAGCAACCAGGUGGGUCAGAGGCCUGGACUUUAAACCGGGAGGCACUCUUUCUUCUCCUGGAGGCCUAGUAGCUUGGGUCUGGUAGGCAAAAUCACAAUGACGACAAAAAUAGUAUCUCUUUGAGUGCUAACUGUGGGGUGAGUGCUUUGCGUUGUCUUUGCAUUAUCUCAUUUAAUCCUCACAAUGACUUGUGGGGAAGGUGCUGCUGUUACUUUUGUGGAUGGGACCCUGGGUAGGCCUUGGCCUCCAUCUCCCUGUCUGCAAGGACAGAAUUUUCUGGAGGCUCCCUGGGACUACUCUUACCCUGACCUACUGGAAGCCCAUGACUGUGACCAGGAAGGAGGGCCCCUGUCUGGGGACAAGCCCUGAAGUGGACAGAACUUUGUCAGGGCUUAUUGAAUGACCGAUUAGGGUCCUUUACCUGAACCUCAUCUGUCCCCUGGUAGCAGGCGAUGCAUUAGGUCACCAAGCAAGGGUACUAAUCCCUGGGCAGGACCCUUGGCCAUCUGUGCUGGAAAAGUCCUUUGCCCAGUGCUCACUAGAAAUCUGUCUGUUCCUCAGCCACUGACAGAAAUGGAAAGACUGCCCUAUCUGCCCUUUUCCUGGCCAGGAUGGUGGAACUGUGUGGAGAGGGCACAGACUGGGCAUCAGGAGAGCUGUGUUGGAAAGCAACCCCUGCUGCUUCUGGCCGUGUGGCCCGGGAAAGCCCCUAUCAUCUCAGAGCCACUGUUCCCACAUCUGUGAAAGGGACACUAAAGCUCGUGCAGAGCUUCCUCAGCGCUGUGGGGUCACGCAGUGCACCAUGGGAAGACACUGACAUUCACUUCUUUGCACAGGCCACAGCUGAGUAGGUGUGGGGUUGCUGUGAACGGAGCAAUAGGAGGGUCAUACUUGGUUUCAAGUCUUUGUCUGCAUUUCCCCUUCUUGGGCCUUCUUUUCCGGCUCUGGAUUUGGAUCAUUUGGAAAUGGCCAAAGCCAAGAAUGGGCCACCUCUUUUCUUUUUUGUUUUAAUUUUUUUUUAAUGUGUAUUCAGUUUUGAGAGAGAGAGUGAGAGAGAGAGAGAGAGAGAGAGCAUGAGAAGGGGAGGGGCAAAGAGAGAGAGGGAGACACGGAAUCUGAAGCAGGCUCCAGGCUCUGAGCUGUCAGCACAGAGCCCGACAUGGGCCUCAAGCCCACCAACCAUGAGAUCAUGACCUGAGCCGAAGUUGGAGGCUUAACCAACUGAGCCACCCAGGCGCCCCAGGCCACCUCUUUUUAAAUCCCAAAGACUGGUCACCUUCCUUGGGUGACUUCUCAGCUCCCUCUCUUCCCCACCAAGUAUCUGUCCCUAGGGGGAUAGCUGACCGGCCUUGGGUUUGGGGCAGAGAUGUGACCCUCUCUGCUCCCAACUGGUACUACCACCUUGUCAGUUCCUCUGGAUCCCUGGCUUCAGGGUGCCCUGGAGUGGAAGCCUCUGGAAGGUCUCAAGGUCUGGCUGGACCAGGCUCAUUCUGAACCUGCAGCAGAGACUUGGGCUGCGCCCAUCUUGGCUGAGAGGCUCACUCUGCCUUGGACACAAUUCAGACCAAAGAGUAAAGGAGGUUUGUUCCUAAAGCAGAGACCAGAAGUAGGCACACAGAGGGCUCUUUGCUUUGGAGUUGAAGCUUUUAAAGAUUUGUUUUCUUUAAAUAUCCUGCUGCAGGAAAGAGAAGCCAAAAAUCAAACAUUGCUGAGACAUAAAUUUCAGGUGACUUUAAAGGCACAAGUUGUUUAGUUUCCGUCCCACCCUGUUUCUGCUCAGUAGGGUCUCGGGACGUGUCCCUGGGGUUUGGGGGUGGGUCCACACCCACCUAGCUCAUCUAUCCAGCUUCACCAGGAGGUCUCCUCAGUACCCGAUCCAGCCAGUGGGCCUCCUGACAUAUCCUGACCCCAAACUUGGUCCCAGGGAGGGUCUGUGCACAUCCAGCUCAGGAAGUGGAUGUGACUUUCCUCCAUCCUCAGCUGCUUUGGCACUGUUGAUUAUACCCUCUUUCUUGAAAACUCUCUUCAUCCUUGACCUCAGGGAUCAGACAUACUUGCUUCUCCUCCUAACUCCUGCCCUAUGACUCUCCCUCUCACCUCCUACCAGGAAAACUUCCAGGCUCUGUCCUGUUGCAGAACUCUUGCAGAACUCAUGCCCUUGCCUUCAGCAGUGCUGGGCCCUGCCAGUGCCCCAGGCUCUAGCCUUAGGUUUUUUCUUUUUUUCCAGCUUUACCAGGUUAUAAUCGACAGAUAAAAUCAUAAGGUACAUAAAGUGUACAACAUGAUAAUUCGCUAUCUCUAUACAUUGUGGAAGGAUUCUCCCCAUUGAAUUGGCCUUAAUUUUCUGAUUGAAUGAUUUCCUUGGAGUCCUACCGGAGGCUCAGGGGUCGUUCCAUAUCCUAGCACAGUGGGGAAAAGAGUGAAAGCAAAGACAAAACCAGCCAUUGAGUGAAAGGAGCGCUUGGGUAGCAUGAGGAAGCAGCUAAGCAGGGUGCCAGGGCCUGGAUCCGUGGGAGAGGGUGUCUGGGUGUCCCAGCCUGUUCCCAAGCCUAAUCCAAAGGGUGUCCCAAAAGAGGGGCCUUGACCAAAGAGGAGCAGGGUGGAAGGAAACCUCUGGGCAGCCUCAUUUGCCCUCUUGGUCCCCAGGGUCCCUGCUGUGGUAGGGACCACAUGGUAAGCCCCGAUAGGGAUGGGGAGGGAGGGCACUGGGUGGAGGAACUUGCAGAGGAGAAACCAAUCAAGACCUUAGUGAUGUCAUCUAGGGAGGAGCCUGAACUGGGAUAGUGGGGCUAAAAGUUCAUUCAUUCAACAAAUACUGAAUAACUACAAUGUAUCCAGGAGGUAAUGAAAUUGGAUUUAAAAAAUAAUGUGUUCGUGGAUGGCAUAUCGUUAAUUUUCAAUCUUAUAUAUGUAUUUCUGUUUUUGUUUUUUUAUUUUUUAACAUUAAAACACAUUUUUUUUUAAUGUUUAAUUUUGGGAGAGAGAGGGAGACACAGAAUCCCAAGUAGGCUCCGGGCUCUGAGCUGUCAGCACAGAGCCCGAUGCGGGGCUCGAACCCAAGAACCAUGAGAUCAUGUCCUGAGCCAAAAUCAAGAGUCAGACGCUCAACCAACUGAGCCACCCAUGUGCCCCUAUAUAUGUAUUUUUAAAAGACUGGAAGCAAGCUCAUCAGAUGCUUAUGGUGGAUGAGCAAGUGCUUCCUAGCUGGAGGUGGGGGGAGGGGGGAUUCUGACUGUCAGCCUGGGUGUUGGGACACCUGAUUUCUAGGCCCAGCACUUCCUCUGUGGGUUUGUGUGACUGCAAAAAGCCCUUCCCCUCUCUGGACCUGUUCCCUUAUCUGUGGAAUGAGGAUAUGGACCCAAAAGAUCUGUGACUCCUUCCAGUGCCGAUGUUACCUGAGAACAGGGGGGCUAUGGGCACUUUCGCUGGCUUGGCUGGGGCUGCUCUGCUC